AUGGGCAAAGUCAUCUUAGUUACUGGUGUUUCCAGAGGUAUUGGUAAGUCGAUCGUCGACAUUCUAUUCAGUCUGGACAAGGACACUGUGGUUUACGGUGUAGCCAGGUCAGAGGCUCCGCUAAAGAAGUUGAAGGAGACAUAUGGUGACAGGUUCUUCUACGUCGUUGGGGACAUUACCGACGACUCCGUGUUGAAGCAAUUGGUGGGCGACGCUGUCAAGGGACACGGUAAGAUCGACUCGCUUGUGGCCAACGCUGGUGUCUUGGAGCCCGUGCAGAAUGUCAACGACGUGGACAUUAAUGCCUGGAAGAAGCUGUAUGACGUCAAUUUUUUCAGCAUUGUGUCGUUAGUUUGCAUUGCGCUGCCUGAGUUGAAGAAGACCAACGGUAACGUGGUUUUCGUCAGCUCGGACGCCUCCGACAUGUACUUCAGCUCUUGGGGUGCGUACGGCUCCUCGAAGGCCGCUCUGAACCACUUUGCUAUGACGUUGGCCAACGAAGAAAAGCAGGUCAAGGCCAUUGCUGUKGCUCCCGGUAUCGUGGACACGGAGAUGCAGGUCAACAUCAGAGAGAACGUGGGGCCCUCCUCCAUGAGCGCAGAGCAAUUGAAGAUGUUCAAGGAACUGAAGGAUAGCAACCAGUUGCUGGACAGCACUGUGCCAGCCACGGUUUACGCCAAACUGGCCCUGAACGGCAUCCCAGAAGGUGCUAAUGGACAAUACCUGAGCUAUAACGACACUGCCUUGAAGGACUUCAUGCCAUAA